GUGGAGCGACGCUGGCGCGGCUGUUGAAAACACACCCGGGAGAGACGCCGUUAAUGUGGCACAGGCAACGGACCGGAAAACAAAACUUAGCUCGGUCUUUUCUGUGUCAGGACAACGCUUGGCUUUUAGCAACUUGGGACGCAGCAUUCAUGGGAUAUGGAAUUAUCUGGCAUUAUCAAGAAGAUAGGCCACUCCAUAGUGGAGAUAAGAGUUCGCGCAUUGAAGAGCAUCAUUUGCAAGUUGAAGCACUCCCUCAUUUCCAUCUCUGACAUUGUCCAAGAGCGGAUGCUGUUUGUGCAUCUCCUGGAAUGGUUCAAUUUCCCAGAGGUGCCCAUGCAGGAAGAAGCCCUGGAGCUGCUUUUGACCUUAUCCAAGCAUCCAAGUGCAGCACAGAUGCUGAGGGAUGUCCGAGCGGAGGAUUUCCUCACGCAACUAUCUCCGAAUGUGGAGCCGAGACUACGAGGUGUCAUCGAUGCAACUCUGGAUCAACUGUUCCAGCUACCCGAGCUCAUCCCCAGCCGCGUUACGCUCAAUGUGGCGCGUGUUACGCCGCCGACAGAUUUACCAUGCGAUGGUCAUCUUCCUCAUCGAGGGUAUUUCCAGAAGAACCAGCACAGUCGUGGAGAUACACCUCCUCUGAAGAUAGCAGUUCACACGGCUGUGCAGUGCUUGAAGUUUUCCGUGUUUCCGUGGCUGACCUUGACAAACACCGACAGACACAUCCUGACCUCCAAUGAGAGUUCUCUAAGGAGCAGCAACCCCAACCUGGUACGGAGCACGUGCGAGAUACUGUGUGAUGUCAUUAUGCAGGACUUCCCUGCUGAGAUCUUCCUGCAGAGGCCCAAUAUUGCAAAGACGCUUCUGUCCCUGCUGAGGCUGGGGUCGGGCGAAGGUGAGGCGAGUUCCCUCCACAUGCAGGCGCUCUCCUGCCUGAGGCAGCUUUGCGUGGGGCUGAAGCAGAGGCUGCGCUUUCAUCGAGAUCCCAGCUUCCACUCGGCAAAGCAAGGCGGUGCUGCUUAUCCAGUGUCCCAGAACUCUUCCUACUCCCAAGAAGUGCGGAGAACCCAGCGCUCUCAGGCUUCUUCUCCAGCCGCAGCGUGUUCUCCUCGACCAUCUGUAGUUGGCGGAACAGGCCAGAGACUCAGGGGGGACGGCCAAGAUGGAGAUGCAGCUUCCAACAGCGGCAGUUCACACGGAAGCACAGCAGCAGUCCAAGCAGCCAGGCAAACACCUCAGUCUCCCGCAGACACGGCCCGCUUGGCGCUACCCGACCUGGAUGCGGAGGACGCCGCGGAGAUGCGGGUGCAGCAGCUCACUUUGGCUCAGUUCACAGUCGCCACCAUGGAGCACGCCAUCCCGCUGCUUAAGACAGAGGGUUCGCACGUGUUCUGUCGCGUUGUGGAGCUGCUGUUCGACACCGUCCUCCUGCUCGGGGACAGCGUUUGUGAACUGGUGUGGGACGACUGCAGCCUGGUGGGGAUGGAGCUGAAGGAGAAGCUGCAAACAUGCAUGAGCCUGCUAGCGGAUGUGCUGCGCUACCACCAGGAUGAUCUCAACGCUUCUCAAGCUCACCACAGAGUCGCUUACACAAGCUCGGCCAUACUGACCAUGAAACUCCUCCAGACCAUACUCCCCCUGGAAAAGGCCGGUAGUAAUCUCCCUGAGAAUGCAGCAACGGCUAUUUUUUACCUAUGCCUGGACAAGACGCUGGCGAUGGCGGUGCCCAGCAUGCAGGAGGCUGCAGUGGCCUACUUGGAGCAGGUGAACUCCGACCAUCACGAGAUCUACAAGAGGGUGACCUGCGCCGCUCUCUGGAUGGAGUCCACGUGCGGCUUCCUCAAGGAGGCCCAGGCUGAGGGGGAGAAGAAUUGGCCGGAGCUGCUGGAACUGGCGGAGAAGGCAAUAAACGGCCUUCCAUUCCACCAACACCUACCCAUCGUCAAGGAAUGCGUUCAUGUCUGCUCUUACUUGUGGAAGUUCGACCAGCCCAGUCCUGUCCUCCGGACGGAGAGCCAGAAGCUCCUCCUCAAGCUGCUGUCGCAUCCUUUGCUGCCCGUCAAGAUGGAAACCUACACAUGCGUGCUGAAUGCGGUCAAGGAGUGCCUCGGCAUUCAGAAUGUGACGCGACAAGAACCAGGAGCCUGUAGCAGCGUUAACUUCCUCCUACACCACUGGGUGCUGUAUGAAAUAAGCGCCUUUGGCCUCCAGGAUUCUGCAGAGAAGGUGAAUGCCGCCGCCAAGGAUAUCCUGCUAUUCCUGCUCAAGGGACGAUUGAUGAUGACAGCGUCAACCUGGGACAGAUUCAGCGCUGCACUUUCCCGGGUCAUCGCCGUAUUACAGGUUUAUGCGAGCACGGAGGAGUCACUGGGAAGCUGUGUCCUGCUGCUAAGUGACAUGUCGGAGGUUGCGAGAGACGACACCUUUCCAUGCACGGCCAAGUUAAAAGCCGCGCUCAGGCUUCUUUUCACUAGACAGCCCGCGGUGAGAAUAGCAGCAGUGCAACACAUCCUGCCUCACUUAAGCGGAGAUUACGACGCCGACGGGAUCAGACCACAGCUGGGGCCGGAGGUGACCUCCUCUCUUCCCGGUCUCUACUGCAUCAGGCACCCUGUGGAGGUGGCGCUGGACACCAGCAGAAAGUCUGUACUGAAGGUGGAAUCGGUGGAGAAACUCUUCAGGAUGCUGUCCUCGGACACCGUGGACAUGGCGCUGAGAAGAUCCUCUGCUGAGCAGCUGUCUGUGGUUCUGCAAGACACAACAUUGCAUCCGGUGCUGAAGAAUCUCGGAAUAACAGACCAAACCAUUUCUUUCCUGAUCGGCAGCGUCAACGGCAACAAGAGCUGGGAUUGCAUGCUGGAGCCGUGUGUGUGUAUCCUGAGGAAGCUGGUGUACGCCGAUGCGUCUCUGAGGAGCAGCCUGGCGCAGCGCGGCGGCGUCCUGCUCGUCACUCUGCUUCGAGCAUCCCUGAUCCUGAAGGCGAACGGUAACAGCGUGAACGAGGCUGCCGUCUUGAUGAGUUUGUUGCUCUUUGAUGAAAUAAGCAGCAUGGAAAUAUGGUCGGAUAAAUCCCAGAGCGACGGCAGCCUUCCAACGUUCUCCCUCCCGUUAUUAGUCGUGCGCAGGUACAACAUCCCGUUCCAGGCGGCGAGCCACCACGCAGUCAGCCCGUACUGCUGCGUCCUGGCCCCCUCCUCUGAUCUACUGACCCUGGCCCCCGCUCGCCAAGCUCUUCAAGUGGCUUGGAACGUCGCGUGGCACUGUGGCAUCGACAACCUGCUCGAGGAGCUCAACUCGGACAUCGACCCUGAAUUCCACCCUGACCUGAAGCUGCCAGAGGCCCAGGUUGCAUCGCUGCGAGCGACCCACCUUCCCAGCGCCCUUCACGAUUGCGUCCAGGCUGUGGUGAUGGCAGCGGGGCACAGUUCGGUGAUCUCCGCCCUCUCCAGGCUCAACCUCUACUUGAUGGUUGACACACUCGCUCUCCCUCACUCGCCGACGUACGGAUGCAGAGAAACGCUGCACUCGCUCGGCUGGCAGGCUGCUGUGAGCAGGUUUCUCCAGGUGCAUCCAGCCUCCGUGGAGGACGAGCGGCUGCUGGCGUACGUCGUUGCAUUUCUGAACGCCUACUUCAAACACACGCGCGAGCACUCUGCGUCUGACCCGGAGGACAAGGACCUACGCUGGAUGCUGGAGCUGCUUCUCAACGAGGAAACCAUGUUCCUGCUUAAUUUGCUUCCUGGUGUGGAGAGCACAAACGCAGGGCAGCACCCGGAGGAGCCCGAGGAAGUGAAGAACCACGUCAGCCAGAAACUGCAACGGGAGCUGUCCUGCCUCUUUAAAAACAUGCUCCAUUACCUGACACACACCUCUGACAGGCUAUGUUUGGCAUUAGCGGGGCCCUUCAAGAGCCAGCUGGCACUGCGCUUGCUGGAGAGCCUGCGGGUGUCUGAUGCCCCGCGUUUCUAUGGCCUUCCCAGCCUGGAGAGGACUCUGCGGGGCAUGGUCAGUCUGACAGCGCAGCCUGGCUGGAGCUCGCACUGCCCUGAGCUGGCGCCCGCCUCCCUUUGUGCCAAGUACCUCAGCGGCCUUUUGGAGGUGAUCUCCUCGUUUUAUGUGCAAUGGGGGGGCAACUCCAUGUCCUUCAUGGGGAAAGGCGUGACCAAGAAUGCCCUCAUAUGCUUGCUUCACUUGUCGCAUGAGAUGAUGGCUGAGAGCAAGGAGAAGGACAUCGUUUCCAUGUGGUCUUUGGGGAACGAGGGCAACGUGGAGGAAACCAACGCCUCUCAGCUGAGCUUGGCCUGGCUUAUCCCGCUCUGGGUGGACAGGGAUCAAGAGGUGAGGUUUGCCAGCUUGGGUUUAGGCGCCGCUCUGUCCUCGGUGGCGAGCGGGUGCCAGGCUCUGUGCGCCAGCUGCCAGAACAUCAGCGGAGGCCUGUGGGGCACCUUGCUCAACAUCCUGCUCGAUCAACACGAGAGCAGCAUGGUCCGGAGGGAGGCCGCGUUUAUCCUGCAGAACCUGCUGGUGAUGCCCAUGCCUGCCAAUGCAGAGGAGGCCGAGGACUCCCACUGGCAGCACCCUCGUGUCCACGACGAGGUGUCUGGCGUGUCGCUGGUGGGGCUUCCUGCUCUCCAGGCCCUUCUUUACCACUGUCAGUAUUUCCAGCACUUGGCCGUGUCUGCCUCCACUUGUUACAGAGGCAGGUACGCCUUUCACCUGCAGAGACCUGGCACUGGUGACGCCGGGCAGGUUGGGCCUCGGGAGAGUACUUCUUCUGUUUCGGACAAUUCUCUGCAGUUUUGGAGAAGCGCCGCAGCAGCUGCUGCCGCGUCGACUGCCAACUCCAGCCAACCAUCCAGCUCCAUGUCCACGUCAAGCACUGUGAUAAGAGGUUCGGCGUCUCAGACGUCCAGGGCUGCGUCCCCUAUGAGCUUUGCAGAAGAUUCUCCUGCUAACAGGCUAACAGCACAAGGCCAGAGCGACACGGACACCAUCGGCUCCGUUGCCACGCACAACUCCCAACAAGGCCAGCCCUCGUCCACGCAGCCUGUCGUCAUGGUUACCCCUGACCUGCUGGUGGCCCACUGCGGACUGCUGAUGAACCUGCUCUCCAUCCUGCCAGAUUUCACCCUGACGGCCAUACGACAGAACCAGCUUCUUUCAGCGCUGGCGAGCUUGGUGGCAGUUGGGCCCGUUGAGAAAUAUCUCCGUGAACUGAAGGCACCCUACGUUCUUCCCGGAGAGAGAGAAGACAUCAAAAGUCAGCUUGUCACGCUCCUUCAGUUCCAGUCCGGCUUCUCCAAGCUCCUGCACUUGUGCGUCUCGCUCAGCCCAGACCUGAUUGGCCAGUUGGACUUCCUGAAACAAUUCCUGUCCACCCCGGUGGCAGCGCUCACACUGGACGUCACAGGAUUAGAUGGAGGUACACGAGAUGCUAUCACUGCGUGCUGGGUGGACGUGUUUACGCUCCUGGCUACUUUGGUGAGUCGGGACAGUUCUGCGGUGUACCCAUCUGUCUCUGCUGCACUGGGAAGACGCUGGCGGAUGUUCACAGAAACACUUUCGUUGUGUCUGAAUGAAAAGCUAGGAGAUCCUCUUCUGCACAAAGUGGCUUUACACUUCCUCGCCAUCAUUUUCGCCGAGGAGACGAAAAGGCGGGAGGGCGAGGUCACGACCUUCAACUCGGACGUGCUGAGUGGUCCGUCAGCCAGCCAGCUCUGUGAAGUGUUGACGCAGAGUUUUGAAAGCAGGUGCGUUCAGGACCCGCUAAAAAAGCUGACGGCCAGAGCUCUGAUGACUCUACUCGCCAGCAGCUCCGCAGCGCAGAACCACGCUGCUGAAGCUGGUCUGAUUGACAGCUGCGUGGCGCAAAUGAAGCAGAUUCACACUCAGCUGCAGCUGGAGUCCCUGCGACCUGGCAAGCCUUCGCAACGCAAGAAGGACGAGAGCCACUUAAAGGAACUCAAGCUGACCGUGGAGAUCCUGCGAAGUGCUUUCUACCGCAACGGCGAAUGCAAAUCGGCGGCCAGAGAUGCGCGCCUCACACUGGUGAUUCACUCUCUUUGGCCGUGGCUCCUUUUGGACGACCCCGUCAUGGAGGCGGUGCUGGAGCUCCUCUGCGUCUACACGGCCGACUGCCCCGCAGCAUGCAGUUCUGUUUGUGGUGGCGGGCCAGGUGUCCCCCCAGGACCGAAAGGUACCUCCGGCGGAUCGCUGAUGCAGUCAGUCAUGAGGUUGGCCUCGGUGGUCGCUACUGACGGUGGUGCCAUCCAUAAGCUGUCCUUCUCCCUGCUGGCCAACUUGGCCAUGUCCCGGGACUGCAGGGGCGUCUUGCAGAAGAACAACUUUCUCCAAACCUUCACGUCAGUGCCGGUGCCCAAGGUGGGCGGUGCCAAGGCAGCAGCCGUGGGUGGCGGCCCGGGCGGCCUCAUGGGUCUGUGGCUGCGGCUUCUGGUCAGUCUGUCCUUUUCAGAGGACGGCCAGCAGAGUAUCCUCAGGACCAGCGGAGCGCUGGAGGUGCUGGCCGUUCUGGCGCCGCAUCGACGCCACGCCCUCCUCGUCCUGCACAACCUCUGCUUCUGCCCCGGCAACAAGACUCACAUCAUCGCCAACGACAAAGCUCUGACCGUCUUGUUCUGCUGUCUGGAAAGUAAAGAGAUGGAGAUGCGCUGCAUGGGAGCAUCUGCACUUUGGGCGUUGCUCCAUAACAAUCAACGGGCCAAGACAUCCUUGAAGUGUCCUUCUCUUCGCCUGCGAAUCGAAGAAGCGCACCGCAUGUCUAAGAAGGAUGCCGAGAACAAGCAGGGUCCCGUAAGCUCCUACUUGUUGAAGUGCCUUGAAAGCCUCUGCCUGCUGAUAAACACAUGAUUGUCAUUUUAGACAGUUUUCUAUAUUUAUAUGCCUGUUGGAGCAGUUUUUGGCUAAAUAUUUUCUUAUUAAAUUCAAAUUAUUUUUUUUUAGCCACACCAAAAAGGAGUCAAAGGAGAGUUUAUUGCAAGGUCGGUUUUUCGUCAUUUGCUUUGCUUCGGUUCAUCUUGUAUUUACUCACACGGACAUAAAAAGGUCAAAUCUGUCUUUGGAGGAACCCGACUUACAUGGAAAUAAUUUUUAGAAGUGGUUUUUAACCAUUUUUAAUAUUUUCACCGCACAUUUGCUGUUUAUUUAGCUUGAGAGGAUGACGGCUAGAUGUGGAUUUGGGUUUACAGUUCUGGGUUUUUGUGGUUAGACGUGGGCAGGGCACGAAAAAGGUUCGACUCUGACUUUUGGUGUGGCCUCAACGUGACCUUUAAAUUUUAGUUUCAUUUUAGAAAGGAUAUUUUUUGUCUUUUAUUUGCAGAAAUGACUGAAAAAGACUCACAUUUGGUGAGCUGAUGCAGGAUUAUUAGGGCCACAAUGAAAACUAAAUAAAAAAAAAAUCAAAAAUCAAAUAAAAUAAAAAAUACACAAAAUAUAUAUAAAAAAUAUAUAAUAUAAAAAAUAUAUAAUUACAUUACAUUUUAAUUACAAUAAACAUUUUAAUAAAAAUAAAAUACAUUUUAUUUGUGUAGCGCUUUUCAAAAUACUCAAAGACACUUAUAAAAGUAUACU